AUGGUGUGGUUGAGUGUCCUGUUAUUCUGCUCGUGGACUCUGAAUCUCGUCAGUGGACAACCACCACCUAUCGCUAAUCCAGGCGAGAAUGCUGUGCUCGUUGAGAACGCACAAAAACUGAUGGAAUGGUAUGGCAUCGCAACUCAACUGAUGAACUUGGGAGGCUCGAUAAUCAAUAAUGCCAAAGACCGUCCGGGUUACGGCAGUUCUGGUAACGGUAUUAUUGGAGAUAUGUCGCAACCGCAGCAACAAGCCAGCAAAAACUAUGGAGCGUCUUCGUUGGGAUUGUUGAAACCUUUGUCAGAUUAUGGCGGUGGUGCACUUGGAACGAACUCCAAUCAAUUUCGAUCUGCGAAGCAAUCCGGUCUGGAAUCUCUUCUGAACACAUUUUUAGGUUCGUCAGUAUCAUCGUCUCCAUCCUCACCAGACAUAUCCAAUUUCUUCGCACCAUCCUACUCACCCGAUUAUCAUUCAUCGUCCGGAUCAAAUAUUGAGAACCUGAUCAAUUCUCUGAUUAGAGGUGGUGCAAAACAAGCAACACCUGAUACAAACAGUUCACCCAAUCUUUUAUCACAAUUCUUUGGCUAG